UAUUAUGACGUUUUCGUUUUCGUUUUAGUAAGCAGUGACGAAUAAGUGUUUAUUUGCCAUUUAAAAUCCAAAAUAUGGCUGCUGAAAUAAAACCUGCGCCUAGGACACCCAAUGACAGAUUUUCAACCACCAAAAAACCAGCUCUUCUAAGCAAAUUGGAAGGUUGUACUGACGACGUCAACGCUGCAGUUGUGAUUCCUGGCGAGGACGGAGUUAUUAGUGUUUGCGAUGAUAAGACAGUUCGAGUAUGGUUAAAGAGGGAUUCAGGACAGUAUUGGCCUAGUAUCUGUCAGUACAUGCCAUCAGGCUGUACAUCAAUGUUCUACACACCCGAAACCCGCCAGCUAUUUAUUGGUCAAGAAAAUGGAACUAUUUCUGAGUUUACACUGGCUACUGAUUGCAAUAGGAUAAAUCCUACGCGAGAAUACCUAGCACACACCGCACGCGUCACUGCUGUGGUGUUUUCUCUGAGCUGUGAGUGGGUUCUCUCAGUGAGUCGAGAUAAACUAUUUUCCUACCACUGCAGUGAGACUGGUCGCAGGAUUGGUGGUUACUCCUUUGAGGCGUGGUGCACUGCCUUACAAUUUGAUUCUCAAUCAAAAUAUGCAUUUAUCGGAGAUUACAGCGGGCAGAUAACAAUGUUAAAAUUAGAUAAUAAUGGUGCAACCCUAGUCACGACAUUAAAAGGACACACUGGUUCUGUGCGGGUUUUGAACUGGGCUCCUAUACCGCAGUUACUGUUUAGUGGUUCCUUUGAUCAAACAAUUAUUGUUUGGGAUAUUGGCGGCCAGAAAGGGACAGCAUAUGAACUUCAAGGUCAUAGCAACAAGGUGACGGGGCUGUGGUACGUGGGCGGCUGCACGCGCCUGGUGUCGUGCGGCGAGGACGGCGCGCUGGGCGUGUGGGAGAUGGGCGUGGCGCGGCGCGAGACGCCGGCGUGGCGCGAGGCCGACCUGUGCCAGCUGUGCCGCGCGCCCUUCAUCUGGAACGUGCGCGCCAUGAUGGAGAAGAAGCAGCUCGGUCUCCGCCAGCACCACUGCCGCUGGUGCGGCGCGGCGGUGUGCGGCGCGUGCUCCCCGCACCGCCUGCCGCUGCCCGUCAUGGGCUUCGAGUUCCCGCAGCGCGUCUGCGCCGCCUGCUACGACACGCUGCGCCAUGAGCCUCGCGAGUCGCUGGCGUCGUUCCACGACAUGAAGCACGCCGUGGCGUCGCUGUUCGUGGACGAGGCCACGGGCCGCAUGUGCACGGCGGGCAAGGAUCGCGUUAUCAAGGUAUGGGAUAUCAGUGUGCUGCUUGCGCCUGCGCCGAAACCGGGUACCAGCGACCAGUAGUCGUAAACGAACUUCGUGCGACGUCCAGCGAGUUCGAGAUUCGUUCAACUACACCACGUUGUAGCAAGUGUCUAACGAUAAAAUGAUAAACCGUGUAGAUUCGAAAUAUACAGAAUCGAAAAAAAAAUUGGAGUAAAUAUAUCCAGAUUAUUAAUUUAUUUCUAAGUUAAAAGAUGUUUUAUCUGUAUUAAUAUGUAUUGUAAAAACGUUCUUAUUGAUCUAUAAAUUUAUUCAUUCGAAAUUAGUAUAAUUUCAUAAAUAUAUUUAUGACAGAUCUGAAGCCGAUCGAAGAAAUAGAAAUUGAAUUGAGGUAUAGGAGCGAAUUAAUUGCCUGCAUUUUAUCUAUAUUUUUUAUGAAAAGAAAGAGAAAAGAUUAAAGAAAUUUAAAUAAUUCAAUUUAACAUAUUUGUAUGGAUACUUUAAUUACUAUAUAAUAUUUAAUAUUUUUAAUAACACGAGCUGCAUAGAAUUUAUUGUAAUUUUUUGUCUGUGACUGACCUUACUGAAUUCAAUACAUGUCUAUUUUAUGGGCUAUUUAAAAUAUUAAAAAUCAAAAUAAACCACGUAGCAGUGAAUUAAAAAUCUUGAUUGUGGUUGUAAAUAAAUAGUGAUAAAUUUAAUCAAUUCUUUACCGGGAGUUUCUUAUUAGAAAAUAUCGUACGCUAGUAAAGUCGAAUUGGAAACUGGAACAUUCUAGAUAUUCAACUGGAAAAUGCUAUUUUGAAUUAUUUUUUUCUUUAUUUAGCUAACGCGGUAUGUCACUGACUGAAUAUAAAUUAUACUGAUAUUAUAAAGAAGUAAAAACCGGGGUGGGUCGCUAGUAAAUAGACUAAAUAGUCAUUCCAACUGUCUAUAUAAUAAAACCUCCGUAGCAAAUCUUUUGUUCUAGUUAAUAGAAAAAAAACAUCUCAUUUAUUAGUAGAGUAUUUUAUUAAUCAUUUCGAUAUUAUAUAUUCAGAUCUGUCGAUAUAUAUAAUUUUAUGUGAAAGAGCUGCUAUAUGCCAAAAUAAUUUGGGUAGUUGAAUGACAUUUCAGCAAAUUAGUAAACGAAGAGUUUCGCUUGAAAAAAAAUGUAUAAUCUACGAACAAUUGAUGUUUUCAUAUAUUUAUUACUAUUUACAUUAGUAGAAUAUAAUGUUAAUGGUCCAACGAAUGUUUUCAGUGAAAUUUAGUUUCUCCAGCUAUUUAAAUGUAAGACUGAAUCUUUCAGAAUAAUAAUUUAUAAUGAGAUCUUGGAUACUAGGCGUGUAUGUAACUUAUUAGAUUAGGUUAUACAGUAAAUAAAUAAAACAUUAAUAAAUUUAAAUUGCCUUCGACAUUUUGUUUAGAUGUACGAAAAAUAAAUUUCGACGUGGUUGUUAAAAGUUACAAAUACAGGGUGUUCUUAAGAGUUAAUUUUAAGAAUUAGUCAAUCUUCGAAAGAUUAUUUGGUAAUUUAUUAUGAUUUAUAUAUUUUAAAGUUAAAAACACCCUGUAAAUAAUAAAACAUUGGGUUAGAAAUAUUGAAUAAAAGACAUUUUAUUAGCCAUUGUAUUAUUAAUAAUAAUAAUAUCGAUACAGAUAAAAAAAUUGAAUGAAAAAAACAUACGUUACAAUUAUAAAUGUGUUCAUUGAAUCAGUUUAAUCUGUGUCUCGGACACGUUUUUAGACCAAAUAAAAUAUGGUCUCUUACUAGAAUUAUUUAUUGAUGUAAGUAUGUAAUAGAUUAUUUUCUUAUAUAUUAUUAAACAAUGCAAAAAAUAUAAUAUUUUUAAAAUUUUAUAAACUCGGCUGCGGAAAGCCCUAAUGCUUAUUAUUGGGCGAUUAUAAAUUUAUAUUAUUUCAUUAAAAAAAUGAGCGACAAUGUUAUUGUAAUUGUAAAAUUUUUAAUAUUUCUUUAUUAAUAGAAUUUGUGUAACUAAGGUUUAAAGUAUUAUAUGUUAUAUAACACUUAAAAUGUCUUUACAGCCUUGAUUUUUUUUUAUUUAAUUCACAUAAUUAGGAUCACUUUUGGAUUUUCAUUAUUUUUUUAAAUUGUAUUACACCUUGUGUGUAUAUUAUUAUGUAUAACCAAAGUACCAAAAUGCAUUUUAAAUGUACCCACAGAUUUCGUUUUCAAUUUAAAUAAUAGAAUAUCUCAACUUUUUAAUUAAAUAUUUAAAAUUCGAACUCGAGGAAUUUAAGAAAAUCUGUGGUUACAUUUCGAAUGCUGCAUUUCUUCGAGAAAAUUCCCGAAAGUAUCAAAGUAGUGUUUGUCGGAAACAAUUAUGUCUACGAUAUUUAUAUUAAAUGAGUCCCGAUUUAGUAAUAGUUUCGAAUGAGUAUCAAUUUUUUAUUCAGGAUUUUACCAUAGAAUUGUGUGAGUGUUCUCGAUUAUAUAUUUCGUCUCGUUACAUUUUUUUUAAUUGAUCACUUAAAGUAUUGAACUUCUAUUAUUUUUUUUUAAUUAAAUAAUUUUGGUUCGAGUUAAAAAAAGUAGGUACUAUAGUUUUCCCUUAAAUUGUUGGUCUUAGUUUUAACAGACUAUAAAUUACAAAGAACCAACCAGCAUACAACAUCAACUAAACGUGUUGUAUAUUUUAAUAAAAAAAUCAACAAUGCGCGGCAUUCACAAGUUUGUGUGUAACGUGUUAUUAAAUUAAUAAUAGUAAUAUUUGAAACGUUUACUUACUACGUUUAUAUGUAAUUGAAAACAAUUUCCGGAGCGGAGCCAAUGAUUAAUUAAAUUUGUAUAAAAAAUAUAUAUAUAUUAUUAAUCGAUUU